CCCGCCCCUCGCCGUCCGUGCCUCCCGCGCCCGCGCCCGCAACCAUGGCUCUAUGCAACGGAGAUUCCAAGUUGGAGAAUGCUGGAGGGGACCUCAGCGAUAGCGGGCACCAUUAUGAAGGGGCUGUUGUCAUUCUGGAUGCCGGUGCUCAGUAUGGGAAAGUCAUCGACAGGAGAGUGAGGGAGCUGUUUGUCCAGUCGGAGAUCUUCCCUCUGGAAACGCCAGCAUUUGCCAUCAAAGAGCAAGGAUUUCGUGCUAUCAUCAUCUCUGGAGGACCAAAUUCUGUGUAUGCUGAAGAUGCUCCCUGGUUUGAUCCAGCAAUAUUCACGAUUGGCAAGCCAGUCCUUGGAAUUUGCUAUGGCAUGCAGAUGAUGAAUAAAGUAUUUGGAGGUACUGUGCACAAAAAAAGUGUCAGAGAAGAUGGAGUCUUCAGCAUUAACAUAGACAACAGCUGCUCGUUAUUCAGGGGUCUUCAGAAGGAAGAGAUUGUGUUGCUCACGCAUGGAGACAGUGUAGACAAAGUGGCUGAUGGAUUCAAGGUUGUGGCACAGUCUGGGAACAUUGUAGCAGGUAUAGCAAAUGAAUCUAAAAAAUUGUAUGGAGUGCAGUUCCACCCUGAGGUUGGCCUGACGGAAAACGGGAAAGUGAUCCUGAAGAAUUUUCUGUUUGACAUUGCUGGCUGCAGUGGGACCUUCACUGUCCAGAACCGAGAACUUGAGUGCAUUCGGGAGAUCAAAGAGCAAGUGGGGACGUCCAAGGUUCUGGUUUUACUCAGUGGUGGCGUCGACUCAACGGUUUGUACAGCUCUGUUGAAUCGGGCUUUGGACCAAGACCAAGUCAUUGCUGUGCAUAUAGAUAAUGGCUUUAUGAGGAAGAGGGAGAGCCAGUCUGUGGAAGAAGCCCUCAAAAAGCUUGGGAUCCAGGUCAAAGUGGUCAAUGCUGCUCAUUCUUUCUACAACGGCACGACAACUUUACCAAUAUCUGAGGAAGACAGGACUCCCCGAAAAAGGAUCAGCAAGACGUUGAACAUGACCACAAGUCCUGAGGAAAAAAGAAAGAUCAUUGGAGACACUUUUGUGAAGAUUGCCAACGAAGUCAUUGGAGAGAUGAACCUGAAGCCAGAGGAGGUUUUCCUUGCCCAGGGAACUCUAAGGCCUGAUCUCAUUGAAAGUGCAUCCCUCGUUGCGAGUGGCAAAGCCGAGGUUAUCAAAACGCAUCACAACGAUACAGAGCUCAUCAGAAAACUGAGAGAGGAGGGAAAAGUAAUAGAACCUCUGAAAGACUUCCAUAAAGAUGAAGUGAGAAUUUUAGGCAGAGAACUCGGUCUCCCAGAAGAGCUGGUCUCUAGACAUCCAUUCCCAGGUCCAGGUCUGUCAAUAAGAGUAAUAUGUGCUGAAGAGCCUUAUGUAUGUAAAGACUUUCCUGAAACCAACAACAUUUUGAAAAUAGUAGCUGAUUUUUCUGCAAGUGUUAAAAAGCCCCACACGCUAUUACAGAGAGUCAAAGCUUGUACAACAGAGGAAGACCAGGAGAAGCUCAUGCAGAUUACCAGCCUACACUCGCUGAGCGCCUUCCUGCUGCCAAUUAAAACCGUGGGGGUGCAGGGGGACUGCCGCUCCUACAGUUAUGUUUGUGGCAUCUCCAGUAAAGAUGACCCUGACUGGGAAUCUCUGAUGUUUCUCGCGCGACUGAUCCCACGCAUGUGUCACAACAUUAACAGGGUCGUCUAUGUCUUUGGUCCCCCUGUCAAAGAGCCUCCCAUGGAUGUCACGCCCACCUUCUUGACCACCGGAGUGCUCAGCACGCUGCGGCAAGCUGAUUUUGAGGCUCACAACAUUCUCAGGGAGUCUGGGUAUGCUGGGAAGAUCAGUCAGAUGCCAGUCAUUUUGACGCCGCUACAUUUUGACCGCGACCCUCUUCAGAAGCAGCCGUCCUGCCAGAGAUCAGUGGUCAUCCGCACCUUUAUCACGAGCGACUUCAUGACUGGUAUUGCAGCCACACCUGGCAAUGAGAUUCCUGUAGAGGUGGUGCUGAAGAUGGUCACCGAGAUUAAGAAGAUCCCGGGUAUUUCUCGAGUUAUGUAUGACUUAACGUCAAAGCCCCCAGGAACUACUGAGUGGGAGUAAUAAACUUCCUUUUCAAUCCAAGUGCUGUGUGCCGUUGAAAUGAUCAGAGACGUUGCCAGUGUUGACAUGCAGUACUGUGAGGAGGGCAGCUGGGGCCGCUCCUUCCCAGCUGGGUCCUGUCCUGGAGCAGCAGGCGCCAGGGAAGAGCUGUGUGGGAACCCUGAGGGGGGCUGAGGAUUUGUACGGGUAACUAGCCAAGGCGCCACGGCCUGUGUUCAGACAGACUCAUCUGACUCUUGCCUUUGUGUUCAUGCAUUCGUUCUGUGCUGGGUCUUACUGUUGCGGUCACUGACCUGCCUCUUUGUUCUCUAAAGGCGUCUCUUCUGGGUGACUGUUGGGGUGCUUCCUCUCUCCUGGUGGUGGGGGGCAGGGGGCUGUUGGAAGUACCUGUGAUUGACUGAUUCGGUGUGGGGGCACAAGUCUCUGGGGAAAUGGAGUUAACAGGUAAAUCACCUUGUUCCUUCCUUCCCUGGGGAUUCACAUAGCAAACCAUCAAACUCCUGGAACAGCAGGAGGGUUUUGGAGCUGUAGAAGUUAGGACACUUUGGAACGGGGGAAGCCUUCCCAAAUUCCUCAGAGUGUGGCACCAUUUUCUAACCCUCUGGGGUAAGGACACAUCAACAGCCCUGGGAGCUCUUUCUUUUCACUAGUAAGAAGUUUGAGUUGUCUCAGGUUCAGAUGUGCUAGAAUCACACAACUUUUUAAUGCUAAUAUUUUUCCUAAAAAAUAAAAGAAGAAAGUAAUUUGUCUACAACCUCUCUGGUCUCUGAGGCAGGGAUGCAUUCAGCAAAGGGGAGAGGCUGGUGCCAUCUUCCUGGUCUGGCUCUUCCUCUCCCCACGUCGGUGUUGUCCUCUUGGGCCUGAGGCAUCGAUCCAGAUGGCCCAGUAGUGAUUGACCCUGUCUUUUCCUGAGAAGAGAGACACUCUCGUGUAUUCCCUGAUUCAGGUUAUUGGAAGGCUGAGGAGGCGUGGCUUUAAUUUGAUGUUCUGUAGGACCUAAAGGAGCAGCUCUAAAUCACAGAGACCAACAGGACAGAAAGGCGCCCCGGGACAACAGCCACGUGAGGGGGGAGGGCUGAGGACUUGGAGGUCCUGUGAAAAUGUCUGCCAUGCUUAGACCUGCUUUGACCUGCCGUCUAGCUUAUGCUUGUGGACGAUGGAAGGAGUCCUUUACAAACUUUUUAUGCCAACUCCAGCUAAAGUUGCAAAAGAAAAGUUCUCUAGGACUUCCCCUAACAAUGUUAGCAACUUUUAGAAUCCAGUCACCACUAGGGUCUACCAAAAUAUAAAGUAAUAGCUUUGUAGUGACCAUAGCCAACAGAAGAAAGACUGCAUGGUUUUUCCUGGAUUGUGAAUACUUCAUCCUCCCGUAAGGCUUUCCUUGUCAUUUUCAACUUAGACUGUCCUUCAGUUGUGUGGUAACCAGUGGCCUUCACAAGCAAGCCACCUGUCUCUCUCAGGGUCUGAGUUGUUAGCAUCUUCUCGGAGAAGUACCAACCUCCACUUAAGAUCUGGGGGACAGAUUGGCAUCCUAAAGUCUUCCAUCUGGCUGCCCCAGAGGACAGUGAAACCUGAGGCCUUGGGCAGACAAAGGAAGAGUUUGCUUCUUCCCAAAGUGGAGAAACUGGAGAGUCAUUAACCUGUGCAAAGCCUCAAGGAGCUCCGUCUCCUGUAAAAGAUGAUGGUGUCUUUUUUGCCUCUGAUUUACCAGACUUCUACCAGCAAGUGUCAGUGUAUCAUAAGUACUCCAGAUUUCUGGUCGAGAUCCCUUUAAGUGAGCUGGUCUGGUGGGCAUGGUGUGUCUUACGUUUCUGAAUUGGCCAUCAAGGUCAGGAGUGCCUGUUUCUGUAGAGGAGCUGCUGGCUUAGGAAUUUGGUAUCUUAAGCAAAGAUCAAGAAUUUCAUAACAACAUAACAUACCUAAGACAAUCCUUGGAAGACAGAAAUGCCUAAUUAGGUCACACAGCAUUGUUAGACCAUGUUAAAACUAUUUUCUCGUUUGCUCUUCACAGCAGCCCUAUGAGUUAAGGAGACCUGAGUCUCUGGUGAAGUGACUGCACCUCGGUCACACAGCUAAUUAUGUGAAUAGACCUCAAAUUUGGCCUCAGUCUAGUGCUCUCUUGGCUACACAUUAGAUAUAGUUACUUGUACUAUGUGAGCCUUUAUUCAUCUGAAUUAAAGAGGGAUAUUUUUGGAGGACCCUUUUUGACUGAGGCAGGUAUGUAAGUGUGAUGUUUCCCUGCUUACAGAUUUAGCAUGAGAAUGCCUGGGUAAACUGAAACAUGAAGUCACACACUAGCCCAAUACCUGCCUGAAGGCAUAUCCCCAGCAGGCUCAGGGGGUAGAAUUAGGAAAAUUAAGAAUCUCAGCUUGGGCAUCAGACUGCUCCUUGGUGACAAGCCUCUGAAAUGGUGCAGCCUCACAGGUGGGCCGAGGUGAAGCCGUGUCAGACUCCUGCUGCCUUAUCCAGGACUGUAGGCGAUGUUUAGGAAUGGCAGCAUGCUGGAGACCAAACCUUCGUCUUCAUCCAGAAGACCAAGCGACCUCUUUCUUUUCAACUUGAGACCACAGAAUAGGAGUUGGGAGGGACCUUAUUGGCCUAAAAGCAGAUCUCAUGACAAGAUCCAGCCCUUUGCUUGGACACCCCUCUGAAGGGGAACCCGCCAGCUUCUGAAUGCAGGCCCUCCUAGCUCUAGUUGUUUUAAGGUUUUUCUUUGCAUCAAGCCUGAAGUUGCCCCCUUGAUUGGCGGAAUUAUUGUCACCGAAUAAUUGCCAUGGCUAAAGACAUACUGUAGUGUUGCUGAAAGAAGGAAUGAAUGAGUUAAUAAAGAAUGCUGGAUUAGAAGUUAGGACACCUGGGUUUCGAGUCUUGCUUCUGACCUUUAUUAGCUAUGUGACCUUGGGUAAGUUUUUACAGGCUCAAUUCUUCUUUCUCCCGCUCCCCUCCACACAUACUCCCCCUGUCUCCAAAUGUCAGGAAUUUCUAGAAUCUCAAACUUGAUCUCCUUUAAGGAAAGCUACAACAUCCAUUCCCAAGUGGUGGGGGUGCUUUCGUGGACCCCUGGGAUGAAUCUAGGCUGGGUUCAGAGUGGGUUGGUAGGAUGCAGAAGAGGGGAGUAAUUGUAAUGUCUUCAGUAGUGGUGAAAGCCAGGUCCUUCCACAUGAAAUAUAGAAGCUAGGUCAGGAGAAAGGAUGUUGGCCGGGGCGAAGAAUUAGAUGAACUGAAAUUUCCAGAUGGUGCUUCCUGGUGUUCAAGUCAGAGGACCUCCAUUUGAAGGCUGGCUUUGCUGUGUGACCUCAAGCCAGUCAUCUCUGGGCCAAAAGUCUGUAAAGCCCAUACCAGCUCCAUGGUUUUAUCCUAGCGUUGGUUUUAAUUUGCUAAAAUGGGAACUGGCUUGAGGCCACAUAAAAGAUCAGGAAAAUCUCUCUCCCCGUCCCUUCCAGCUCCGUCUCUCUAUACCAGUAGAACUCCCAACAGAUCUGCAUGCCAAUAUCCUGGGAUGAGUUAACAUUGGGUAAUCUGACUCCAUGGCAGCUUGGUGUUAGUCUAGAAUGCAAAGCAUAAGAAACUGUAGUCCUAUCCCUUUGUUACACAUAUGAACAAACAGACCCAGACAGGGGAAGUGACCAGGACCCAAGUCUGCUGACUUCCUGGUCAUUGGGCCUUCCACGGCAGGUCUUACUCGCCAGCCACUCUUGUCAUCCCCUCUGCUGGGUAAGUCUUGAAUGUCGUAGAACGUUGUCUGGAGAGUUUUUCUGGUCCCUCCUAAGCCCUAAGAGCUAUAGCUCCAAAGCUCUCUUACCUGGAUGCCCCACCUGUCAUAACCCAGAUGGAGUAUGUAUGUAUAUCUAUCUAUAUGCCUUUAGAGAAUAUAGGUUACCUAACAGUAAACCAUACAUUUUGUGUACCACGUAAAAAGAGGCAGUUUAUGUACAUUUACCAAGACCAUUGUUACAACUUCAUAAUGCAAAAUGGAAAAAAAAAACAUGACCAACUGCUUUUGAACAGAUUUGUUAUAAAUAAAUAUUUUGCCAAAUGGAAUAGUGUAGUAGAUAUCGUUCAGUUGUGGAAAUACUAUGUAUUUGUUGGCUGUGUGCUGUUAGUCUCUUCCAUGUUGUUCAGGCAAUAAUGUUGAAAUCACAAUAACCUGGCUAAAAUAAUGUGAAAUGACCAUCUUUCUCUUGCUGUCCUCUGUCCUCUUGCUUUCCUGGAAGCAACAAAACUGUUUGUAUAUAAGACUUUCAUCCUCUAAUUCCUUAAGCUUUGGUGUCUGUGAUAAAAUGGGAGAGAGGAAGCCAAAGGAGAUGCCCUGUUGGCAUCCACAAAGAGAGGCUGAAAACACGGGAAUCACGUCGUCCGGUAACAGUCUGAUUGGCAUCCCUCAGAUGGAGUAGCUUAUGUUUAUCAUCGUAUGCCUACGUUAUCUCAUCAAAUCUGUGAGAUGCCGUGAUGAGGUAACUAGUGCCGAUAUCAUGCCCAUUUUACAGAUGGAGAAGGUGAAUCUCUGAGAGGUCAGGUGACUGAGUUAGCCAAGGUUGUGCCAUGAGUAGGUGGUGGGCCUGGGCCUGGACUCCUGGUCCCUCAUUCUUUGUCCUGCAUUCGAGGAUGUUGGACUUUUAUCUAGAAUGUGAAUAUUGGACAGAAAGUCGGGUGGAUUUUUAUCCCCAUCACCAGCGAAGGAUGUGUACUCUUCCUUUCAUUUUUCUUUUUUGAAUUCCAUGAACAAGAAGCCUUCAGAUACAUAUGCAAACCUGCCCUGACCUCUUGCACAUGCCUUUUUCUAUUGGGCCAGAUUUGGUCUCACAGUAGCAUCCUGAAGAUGUCCUUAUCUUUAUUGAUUUGAUUUCCGGGUGGCUGUCUUCAUGGCUGGCUAUUAAUCCGUCAAAAAUAAGGGUUUCGAUGAUGAUGUACUUGCUGCCCUCUAAUUACUGAAGGCAGUCAUGCUACCCAGAAAAGAGAAUCCUUAGUCCCAGUGGCCACACUCCUCUGGUAUGUUUCCUUGAGGCCAAAGGCCCAGUGCCUUCAACUACCUGAGAAGUUUGAGUGUUUUGGUAGAAUUGUCCUUGGUGCAGCAUUCUGGCUUCACGAGAGCACUUAGUGCUGAACUUGGCGCCUUCAGUAGGCAUUGUCCAGUCAAACAAAACUUUAAAAAAUAAAAGCAUUUCCACGCAGUGGACUCUUACAUGGUUAUAACUUCCACUACCUUCCAACAUUUCCCCCCUCUCAAAAUUCAAGACCAGUUUUAUAAAAAGCCAUAUUUCACACCACAGUCACGUCAUCUUUUAUUUACAGCAGCUUAUUAGUGUAUUUUUACUUCUGUUGCUUUAUAUGACAAGUUAUAGGAAAAACACCUUGGAACCACCACUUUCCCUGUAUCAGAUAUUCCUAUCUGCCAUGUUCAUUCUUAAUGUCAUGACAUAUUCAGUAUUGAUUUAGAGGAUGUGUAUGGUACCUUUGUGUGGUCUGUGAUCCACAUGAUGUCAAAUUAAACUCUGAUCCUCUGUGUUACGGGAAGCCCUUUAUGGUACCCCUUCUGGGGCUCCAUACACACCCUUGCCUAAUUAUACUAUAAAUGUUGGUAUUCAUUUUAAGUAGGAAAAAUGUUAAUAGAUGUUUAAUUGGAAAAAAAAAACUUGACAAUAUAAGAAAAAUUCCUCCCUUGAGUUCUUUGAGAAAUCCCCUUGGCUCUAUUGUGGUUGGUUGUGUUUCGUCAGAGCCCCAGAAUGGAAGGCAUUCUAUGGUGCUGAUCUUUUAUUUUUAAGUUUUGGGCAAAUCCCAUGUACCAGGAAUUGUUUUUAUGUCAUGACCACCAAAGGUACCAACAAGCCUCCUUGAUGUGCUUGAGUGGGUCUUGUAGCGGAAUUUCACCACAGGUAGCUAGAAGUGAUUAGAUAAACAGGAGGAGAUUUAGGGAGGAAUUGGAGGCAAAUACAUUUGAAACCGCUGCUAACACAAUUAGCUCUGCCCAACAAUAAGUGAUUAGAGAGAGGCUUAAAACUUCACCACUGAAGGAGGAAAAUGUCGUUUUAAACUGUCAAAUUUCCACAUUUGCUUUCAAAGGCCAAUCUCUUAAAGCACUUAAUAGAAACCGGGAUUUUUGAUUUCAUUAUGUUAAGCCUUCAUUCCCCUCAGUAGAGUUAAGUUACAGUUUCUUUUAAGGCAUUGUUUAGAAAGGAGUGUAUAUGAUCCCAGCUCUGAGAGAAUGGGUUUUCCUGUUUUCUUGGAACGUGUUGCAAAGAUUUGAUAUUUAAAUAACUUGUUAUCUUUAUAGGAGUGGUGUGAUGAACAUAUCAUAUAUGUCUACUUGUACAUGUAUAUGGUAUGUAAGUCUUCAAGUUUCUAUCCAUUUGUUCCCUUUUGAACUAACUGGCAGGUGACCAUUGCCAGAAAAGUCAUAAUUCCUAUAGAGGUUUGUAACAACCCCAUGCUUUUUAGAGUGAUCUCUGCUAGAGAAGUGAUUAUUUUCAUCUACUGGGUUUAGAACCUUCAAAAUAUCUCAUGUACAGAAUUGUUACUAUAUUUAAGGAUUCCCUUGUGUCAAAUAAUGGGACAUAAACGUGUACUGUAUGUUUGGGGAAAUGCUGGGUGGCUUUUUUAAAUCUUAGAGUUAAGUGGACAACUGUUAUCCCAGCCUGCCUUGAAUG